CUCUGACACGCCAUUGGUCAAAUUCCUGAUUGCGUGAACGAACACACGGAAGUUAAACGUCUGUCAUAGAUUGGAUGUGAUGUUAACAAAAUGAUCGGAGAUCUGUUGAUAUUCGGGACCUUACUGGUGAAUGCAGGGGCUGUGCUGAACUUCAAGCUCAAAAGGAAGGAGUCCCAAGGGUUUGGAGAUGAGUCCAGAUCACCCACAACAGGCGACAACAUCAGAGAGUUUCUGCUCAGCCUGCGAUACUUUCGGAUCUUCAUCGCUCUGUGGAACAUCUUCAUGAUGUUCUGCAUGAUCCUAUUGUUUGGGUCAUGAUCAACAUUUGUGGCGACUGGACUUCCACCAGGAUGCUGAUUUCCCAGGGUAGAUGCUACAAACUUCUAUGGGAGCUUGCUGUUCCUUUGGCCCUUUUAACUGUAAUUAUGCUCCAUUUUCUUUACAACUCCAAAAUCUGCUUCUGGCUGUACAGGAAUUUAUGAAUCGCUGUAUUUAUUUUGUCUUACAGAGGUUGUUACAUUUUUCCCCCUUUUUGUUUAAGCUGUAAAUGCAUCAGCACCUUUGCCUGUGCAGGAUAUGUGUUGUCUUGUACCCCUGUGCUUCAUUAUAGAACAUGAUUUUUUUUUUCUCCAGCAUAUCGGUUUUCUUAUUAAAGAAACACUGUUUUGUAAAUGGACAGCCUUCACCAAUAGGAUAGAAAAUGUUUUUCUGGGACGUGUUACCUGUGAUUCAUCAUUUAUGGUUCCUGCAGUGAUCAAAGCUGGUGAAUGACCUUUUCCCCAACCAAGAUCAUCUUGCUGAGAUGUCCUUUUAUCCCUUUUACUUGCACAGUCAUCAUAGCCCAGCUGGAUUCAACAGACAAGUCAAAAUGAUAACUGUCACUUAGCGAACUGUACGUCCCCACUAUACAAACAUCGCAAAAUUGUAUGUCACGUCAGAAUAUUUUAAUGCAGAUUUAAAAAGAAAAAUGCCAUUUUCCUUUAUUCUGGGGUACAUGUGCUAUAAGAAAAUCUCUGUAUGUCCUAUAAUGUAAAUGUGUCCUUAUUCUUAACAAUAAAUAUACACCGUUUUCUUAUGCAGUGUCUUUUAACUAAAUGGUUGUGACUGCCUGUUGGCACGAGGGAUGCAUGAUCCAAUACUGAACUCAUUCAGUGAAAUGCAUAUUCCCAUGAGAUGACUGAUACACAUUAAAUACAGUUUUUUGUUUUGUUUUCAGUCAUGAGAUAAUGGCUUUAUACUUCCCUGUAAUAAUACUCCCUACAGCUGUACUACAUCCGUACUGUAUACUCAUUGUAGAUUGACACUGUACGCUCAUUCCACUGUAACAGUUUUUUGCAGUUACUACAUGAGCAAUUAACACACUUUAUAUAUUUUUAAUUUUUUAAAUUAAAACAGUUUUCAAUCAAA